GGCAAGGACGAAGGGCUGGCCUACGAAGCCGCAAGUUUUCCAGAAAUUUAGCAGUUUGGAGGGCUAAAAUCCGACAAAUGCGUGUAGAAAUCCUUCAGAUACGAUACAAGUGAUAUUUAUGGAAAAGUCCUUUUGAUCUCCAGACCUCAAAAGAUUGUAAAUUUGUAAAUACGUUUAACACAGACACAACUAGUCAAGCUACAGAAAGAGGAUGGAGUUCAACGACGUUCGUUUCGAGUUCAUAUCAGAAUACACCUUAAAGUCCAUGAAACUGAAAGCAGACAAAUGGGCUAAGUUACAAGGAAACGAUGAAUACAGACAAACUAUUUUGGACUUCUUUGAAAAGCCAGAGAAUAAUAUUCUCGUCAUCUAUCAGAAUAAUGCAGGACAGCUUCAACCAACGUUUGAUUUUCCGUCGGCAAUGAAGGCAAAAGCUGUUUAUUUCUCCAAGAAGGAAAAAGGCAUGAAUGUUGGAAAAGAUAAUUACAAAACAGCUUUGACUUAUGGAGAUUUGUCUUAUUCCCCCUUGGAACAAUUGUCAGCUCUUGUAGACGAGAUUUUGGUCCCUUUGCUGUCCAAUUCUCGUAAUCAUGAACAGUGGCCUGCAGUUGUGUCUCAAGAUGUCUUGCGCCAUGUCCAUCAGCUCAAAAGUAAUGUCUUUGUCAUUGCUGGACAAGUGAAAGGAAAGACAUUAUUACCACUUCCAGUAGGUUCAGAGCAGGUCUCUGAUGCUGUGGAAGCUGAAGAAAAGGGUGAACCAUUUGAUCGUGGUUUGGUUCAUUCUAUUGAAUCAGUAAUCAUUGAAUGGACACAUCAGAUACAGAGUGUUCUGAAAAGAAAUUCAGCUCAGCCACUGAUAGAAGGUCGUAAUCCUGGACCACUGGUAGAACUUGACUUCUGGAGAGCUCGUGCCAAUAACUUGGAGUGCAUCUUUGAACAGCUCCAUGAUGUGAAAGUUCGAAGAAUGGCUGAACUGUUGGAAAAAACUCAGAGCAGCUACUUUCCAGCCUUCAAGAAAAUCUAUAAGGAUGUUGUUGCUGCCCUUGAAGAAGCCAGAGACAUCAACAUUCACCUGAAGCCUUUGCGUCGCCUGCUCGAUGACAUGGAGCAGUUUGAUUUUUCAGAGUUGGAUAAGAUUAUUCCUGCCAUUCUACACACAGUUGGUCUCAUCUGGGCAAAUUCAAAGUACUACUGCAGAGCUCCAAGAAUGAUUGUUCUUUUGCAAGAGCUCUGCAACAUGUUGAUUGAAAUGGCAAGAACAUACUUGGAUCCUGCAGAAAUCUUCAAAUCAGAGGCAGAAGAAGCUUAUGAGAAAACCCAGAAGGCAGUUCAAAUCUGUUCAUUCUUCAAGGAGACCUUUGAAGAUGUCAGAGGAAACAUCCAAAAAUUCUUCAAGGAGGGGCAAGAAGUUAAGCAGUGGGAAUUUGCCAAUGAACUAGUUUUUACCAGAAUGGAUCAGUUUAUCUUGAGAUUGAAAACCGUUGAGGACCUCUUUGCCACCACUAUGGAAUUUUCCAAGCUAGAGAAGGUAGAAUUGGGUGGUAUCAAGGGAAAGAUGCUCAGUCAUCAAGUUGUGGAAAUCUUCUCAGAAUUCAAUGAGAUUUUUGCCGUGUUUGGUAAUCGAACCUAUGACGGCUUAGAUGCAACCAACUGGGAGUUUGUUGAAGACUACAACCAGUUUAGAGAAAGAAUAGCUGACCUGGAUAGAAGACUUGCUUCCAUUGUGUGCCAAGGAUUUGAUGACUGCGCCAGUACGGAGGCUGCAUUGAAGCUUCUGGACUGUUUUGGUUCUUUGCUGGACCGUCCGCUUAUUCACUCAGACUUUGAAUACAAGUAUCCCAUCCUGCUGAAGAUGUACGAAGAAGAACUGGAUGAAGCUAAGAUCAUAUUUGAUCAGCAAAUGAUGACAGCAAAUGAGGAUGGGACUCCACCAAUAAACAAGAACAUGCCUCUUGUUGCAGGUGCUCUCAAAUGGUCACAAGAACUCAGGGAAAGGAUCACUAAACCAAUGCAUGCGCUUAAGCUUUCAGUCAAUCAUGGUACUCUAGAGACUGCCGAAGCUAUGAUGAUCUUCAACAAAUUUGAUGAGAUGGCCAAGCUGCUGAACACAUAUGAAGAAAAGGUGUAUGUUGAUUGGACCCAAGAUGUUGGUUCCAUUUCACAAGGGAAUCUGGACAAGCCUCUCGUCAUUAGAGAUCCAAAUACCAAGCUUAUCAAAGUGAACUUUGAUCCACAGUUAGUCGCUGUUCUUCGUGAAGUGAGGUAUCUGGAAACUGCCCAAAACGAAACCCUUGAAAAUAUUCCUGAAAGCGCAACCAACAUCUACUCACGGAAUGAAACAUUCCACAAGUUUUUGUCCAACCUGGACCUGACUGUGGCCUGGUACAACAAAGUCCGAGAAACGCUUCUUGAUGUUGAGUUUCCUCUGGUGGAAGGACAGUUACAGGAAAUAGAUGGUCAACUGCAACAGGCUGAGACAACUUUGAACUGGAACAGUGAAGGUGCGUGGGAAUACAUUGAGAAGACGAGAGACAUGGUGCAUGACUUGGAGAAACGUGUACAAGCUGCCAAGAACAAUGUGGAGAGUAUGGGUCAGUUAAUGACCAAAUGGUGUGAAGCUCCCUUGUACGAGAGAAAGGAAGGCAAAAAGGAGGGCCUACUCAACUUAGAGGACAGUGAAGCAAACCUUAAUAAACGCUACACUUUGAUCCAGCAAGCUGGAGAGAAAAUCCACGAGCUGAUGAAGAAUAACCUCGAUCUUUUCAAAGCGGAUGCCUCAUCCGACAUUUGGCGAGCGUAUGUGGACUAUCUUGAUGACAUGGUCCUUGAUGGCUUUUUCAACUGCAUUCACUGCUCACUGAACUAUCUUUUGGAAAAUACUGAUCCUAAACACAACACUACAGGACUGUUUGAGGCAAAACUUGAACUGCAACAGCCUGAAAUGGUGUUUAUACCAUCACUGGAUUUCGGUGUUUCAGACGGCUUUUAUGAACUUGUGGAAGGAAUUGUUAAUGAUGUGUACAAGAUGGCUUCGUUAGUCAAGAGACUGGCUGAACAUAACGGCUCUGAACACUACCAGAACGAUGUCGAGGACAUGCUUGACUUGUCUGAGAUGCGCCAAGACCUGAUGGACCGUGUAACAGGCAUCAUGAACAAGGCGAAUGAAUACCGCAGUUCUUUUGAUGCCUUUGCGUACCUGUGGCUUGACGAUCGGAAUGAGUUUAUGAGACAAUUCUUGCUCUACAACCACGUGUUGACAGCUGAGGAGAUUGAAGCCCACGCUGAAGAAGGAGUCCCUGAGAGUCCGCCAACAUUAGGACAAUUCAAAGAACAGAUCGAUACGUACGAAAAGCUUUAUGCCGAGGUGGACGAAGUAGAGGGAACAAAGAUCUUUGACACGUGGUUCCGUGUGGACGCCAAGCCCUUUAAACAAGCUCUCUUGAAUAUUAUCAAGAGAUGGAGUUACAUGUUCAAGCAACACCUCAUCGAUCAUGUCACAAACAGCCUAAAUGACUUAGCAGAGUUCAUCAAAGUGGCAGAUGUUGGUCUGACACAGCCUGUGGAGGAAGGAGAUUACAAUGGCUUAGUGGCUGUCAUGGGACACUUGAUGGCUGUCAAGGACAGACAGACAGUCACUGACGAGAUGUUUGAGCCACUGAAGCAGACUAUUGAACUCCUGAAGACGUACGGACAAGAAAUGCCUGAGGAAGUACAUACGCAGCUUCAGGAACUUCCAGAGCAGUGGAACAACUCCAAGAAGAUCGCAGUAACAGUCAAACAGCAAGUGGCUCCUCUACAGGCGUCUGAAGUCGCCAUCAUCAGAAGAAAGUGUGGACAGUUUGAUAUCAAACAGCACGAAUUUAGAGAGGACUUCAGGAAAACAGCUCCGUUCCAGUUUGACUCCAAGAAUUAUUACGACCGCUUAGAUAAGGCGAACUUCCAGAUCUGUGCUAUGGAGGAGGAGAUGAAUGCCCUGUCUGAAUCCGCCGGCCUGUUUGAGGUCAACUUCCCAGACUAUAAACAACUUCGUGCUUGCCGUCGUGAAGUGUCACUCCUCAAACAACUUUGGGACAUGAUUGAAGUUGUUCUUAGCAGCAUUGAAGAGUGGAAGUUCACGCUAUGGGCGGAUAUCAAUGUGGAAAACAUGGAGAUGGAGUGUAAAAGGUUUGUUAAGGAGAUCCGAAGCCUGGAUAAAGAAAUGCGCGCCUGGGACGCCUUCACAGGACUGGACUCUACUGUCAAGAACAUGGUGACUUCAUUAAGGGCCGUAGGAGAAUUACAGAAUCCGGCCAUCAGGGACCGUCAUUGGCAACAGCUCAUGCAAGCAACCAAAGUAAAAUUCAUCAUGAAUGACGACACCAACUUGGCUGAUCUUCUCGCCCUAAAUUUGCAUAACUUUGAAGAUGAAGUCCGUGGAAUUGUCGACAAGGCCACCAAAGAACUGGGAAUGGAGAAAGUUCUCAAAGAGUUGGAUGUCACCUGGUCACAGAUGGAGUUUGAAUACGAGAGCCAUAUGAGAACUGGUAUUCCGUUACUGAAGUCAAGCGAAGAACUUAUUGAAACUCUUGAAGAUAAUCAGGUUCAACUUCAAAAUCUCAUCACAUCCAAGUACAUUGGACAUUUUCUGGAGGAAGUCUCCAUGUGGCAAAAGAAGCUGUCUGUGUCAGAUUCUGUAAUCUCCAUUUGGUUUGAAGUCCAAAGAACCUGGUCUCACUUGGAGAGUAUUUUCAUUGGAUCUGAAGAUAUUCGUAACCAGCUGCCAGAGGACUCUAAGAGAUUUGACGGAAUCGAUGUUGAUUUUAAGGAAUUGAUGAAGGAAGCUGCUGAAAUCCCAAACGUUGUGAAUUGUUGUAACAGAGAGGGACUGUACGAAAAGCUGGAAAACUUACAAGAAAGAUUGUCGUUGUGCGAGAAAGCCCUCGCUGAGUAUCUGGAGACCAAACGUCUUGCUUUCCCACGAUUUUACUUCGUAUCUUCAGCUGACUUAUUGGAUAUUCUUUCCAAGGGCAACCAGCCAAUUGAGGUCAGUCGUCAUCUCUCCAAGCUGUUUGACAACAUGGCGAAACUGAAGUUUGUCGAUGACGAGGAUGGUAAUCCGACUAAGGAGGCGGUUGGAAUGUACAGCAAGGAAGGAGAAUAUGUGGACUUCAACAAGCCUUGUGACUGUUCUGGACAGGUGGAAGUUUGGUUGAACCGUGUUAUGGACGCUAUGCGCGCCACAGUCCGUCACGAGCUGUCAGAAGCUGUGGUUUCGUAUGAAGAGAAGCCUCGAGAUCAAUGGCUGUUUGACUACCCAGCUCAGGUAGCCCUGUGUGGUACUCAAAUUUGGUGGACGACAGAAGUUGUUCUGGCAUUUGGAAGGCUGGAAGAGGGAUACGAGAAUGCACUGAAGGAUUAUUACAAGAAACAGGUUUCACAACUGACAACAUUGAUCAACAUGUUGAUCGGCGACUUGACCAAAGGCGAUCGUCAGAAAAUUAUGACCAUCUGUACGAUUGACGUGCACGCUCGAGAUGUUGUGGCCAAGUUAAUUCAUCAGAAGGUGGAAAACGCUCAAGCUUUCUUGUGGCUGAGUCAGCUCAGACAUCGCUUUGAUGAUUCUGUCUCUCACUGCUUCGCUAACAUUUGCGAUGCACAGUUCAAGUAUUCUUAUGAAUAUCUUGGAAACACGCCUCGAUUGGUGAUCACACCCUUAACCGACAGAUGUUACAUUACUCUGACCCAGUCUCUUCAUCUGACCAUGAGCGGUGCGCCUGCCGGUCCCGCGGGAACUGGUAAAACCGAGACUACUAAGGAUCUGGGACGAGCUCUGGGAAUUAUGGUGUACGUGUUCAACUGCUCUGAACAGAUGGACUACAAGUCCAUUGGCAACAUUUACAAAGGAUUGGCACAAACAGGAGCCUGGGGCUGUUUUGACGAGUUCAACCGCAUCUCAGUUGAGGUGCUGUCCGUGGUCGCAGUUCAAGUCAAAUCCAUCCAGGACGCUAUCAAAGACAAAAAGAAAAGGUUCAUCUUCCAGGGAGAGGAGAUCGUUUUGGUUCCUACUGUUGGUUUAUUCAUUACCAUGAAUCCUGGAUACGCCGGAAGAACUGAGUUGCCUGAAAAUCUUAAAGCUUUGUUCCGGCCAUGUGCUAUGGUCGUUCCUGACUUUGAACUGAUCUGUGAAAUCAUGUUGGUGGCUGAAGGAUUCGUUGAGGCCCGAGGGUUGGCCCGCAAGUUCAUCACUCUGUAUUCACUCUGUAAGGAACUGUUAUCUAAACAGGACCAUUACGAUUGGGGUCUCCGUGCUAUCAAAUCUGUUCUGGUUGUCGCUGGUUCUCUAAAGCGAAGUGACAGGGAUCGCCCUGAGGAUCAGGUGCUGAUGCGUGCGUUGCGUGACUUCAAUAUCCCUAAGAUUGUCACGGAUGAUGUUCCCGUCUUCAUGGGAUUGAUUGGCGACCUUUUCCCAGCUCUGGAUGUACCAAGAAAGCGUGACAUGGACUUUGAAGCUCUAGUGAAAAAGUCAGCUCUGGAUCUUAAACUACAAACAGAAGACAGCUUUAUCCUCAAGAUUGUACAGCUUGAGGAGUUACUUGCUGUAAGGCAUUCUGUGUUUGUUCUCGGUCCAGCGGGUACAGGCAAAACACAAGUUAUUAAGACCCUGAACAAGACUUACCAAAACCAGAAGAGAAAGCCAAUGCUACAUGAUAUCAACCCUAAAGCUGUCACUGCUGAUGAGUUGUUCGGAUUCAUUAAUCCCGCCACCAGGGAGUGGAAAGACGGUUUGUUUUCGACCAUUAUGCGUGAUUUGGCUUCAAUCAACAAUGACAGUCCUAAAUGGAUCGUACUUGACGGAGACAUUGAUCCUAUGUGGAUCGAGUCUUUGAACACUGUCAUGGACGACAACAAGGUUUUGACAUUAGCCAGUAAUGAACGUGUUCCUCUCACUCCGUCCAUGAGAUUGUUGUUUGAGAUCGGUCAUCUAAAGACAGCCACUCCUGCAACUGUGUCCCGUGCCGGUAUCCUCUUCCUUAACUACGCUGAUGUUGGAUGGAAUCCAUACGUCUCCAGUUGGAUUGAUACUCGCGAAGUUCAGUCAGAGAAAGCCAACCUGCAAAUCCUGUUUGACAAGUACGUCCCCAUCUGCUUGGACACACUGCGCGUGCGCUUCAAGAAAAUCACGCCCGUUCCUGACAUCACCAUGGUGACCACGCUUUGCUACCUUCUGGAGUGUCUGUUGAACCCCACCAACACCCCACCCGAUUGUAACAAGGAACUGUACGAGUUGUAUUUUGUGUUCGCUGCUGUGUGGGCUUUUGGCGGAGCCAUGUUUCAAGAUCAGCUCGUUGAUUAUCGAGUAGAAUUCUCCAAAUGGUGGGUGACUGAAUUCAAGACCAUAAAGUUUCCCUCUGCUGGUACUGUCUUUGAUUAUUUUAUCGACUCCGAGACCAAGAAAUUCGUGCCAUGGACAGAAAAAGUUCCCAAGUUCGAGCUUGAUCCCGAGAUGCCGUUGCAGGCCGUGCUCGUUCAUACCCAGGAAACCAUUCGCGUUCGUUACUUCAUGGAUCUGCUGAUGGAAAACCGCAGACCUAUCAUGCUUGUAGGAAGUGCGGGUACUGGUAAGACCGUGUUAGUUGGCGACAAAUUCGCAGCAAUGGACCCUGAUAACAUAAUGGUUACGAACGUACCGUUUAACUACUACACGACGUCAGCCAUGUUACAGGCUGUUUUAGAAAAGCCACUGGAAAAGAAAGCUGGACGAAAUUAUGGUCCGCCUGGAACCAAGAAACUGAUCUACUUUAUCGACGACAUGAACAUGCCCAUGGUGGACACUUAUGGAACAGUACAACCACACACCCUCAUCAGACAACAUUUGGACUACACUCAUUGGUACGACAGAGCGAAGCUGUCUCUUAAAGAAGUUCACAAUUGUCAGUAUGUCGCCUGUAUGAAUCCUACAGCAGGAAGCUUCACCAUCAAUCCUCGACUACAGCGCCACUUUGCAGUGUUCGCAAUAAGUUUCCCGGGACUCGAUGCCCUGAAAACCAUUUACCUGAGCAUCUUGAACGGACACAUCAACGCUUUGGGUCUCCCUCAAGCGGUACAGAAGAAUGCUGAGAAACUUGUCGAUGCAGCUUUAGCCAUGAACCAGAAGGUCACUUCAACUUUCCUUCCUACAGCUGUAAAAUUCCACUAUGUUUUCAACCUGCGAGACUUGUCCAAUAUCUUCCAGGGUAUCCUGUUUUCCACAGCUGAAUGUAUCAAGACGCCAAUGGAUCUUGUUAGACUGUGGAUGCACGAGUGUGACCGAGUUUACAGAGACAAACUUGUAGAAGACAAAGAUAUGGAGAACUACGACAGAAUCCAGCAAGAUAUCACAAAGAAGACAUUCGAGGAUUUCGAUGAAGAGGCUCUGUACGCCAAGCCAAACAUGUUCUGUCAUUUUGCAAGUGGAAUUGGGGAACCUAAGUACCUCGCUGUACAAGGCUGGGAGUCAUUGAAUAAACUGCUGACAGAAGCACUGGAGAAUUACAAUGAAGUCAACGCGGUCAUGAACCUUGUGCUUUUUGACGACGCCAUGCAACAUGUUUGUCGUAUCAACCGUAUUCUGGAGUCCCCCCGUGGUAACGCCUUGUUAGUGGGUGUGGGUGGCAGUGGUAAACAGAGUUUGGCUCGUCUUGCUGCUUUCAUCAGUGCUCUAGAAGUGUUCCAAAUAACACUGAGGAAAGGAUAUGGCAUCCCUGACCUCAAGCUCGACUUAGCAAACUUGUGUACCAAGGCAGGAUUGAAGAACAUCGGCACUGUAUUUUUAUUGACCGACGCACAAGUUCCAGAGGAGAACUUCUUGGUGUUAAUUAAUGACUUACUGGCGUCUGGGGAGAUUCCAGGUCUGUUUGCAGAUGAUGAAGUCGAGAAUAUCAUCUCCGGAGUCAGGAAUGAAGUGAAAGGCGCUGGGCUACAAGACACGAGGGAAAACUGCUGGAUGUUUUUUAUUGAGCGAGUGCGAAGAAAUCUCAAAGUUGUCCUGUGUUUCUCUCCCGUUGGCUCUACGUUGCGUGUAAGGAGUCGUAAGUUCCCGGCUGUAACAAACUGCACAGCAAUUGACUGGUUUCACGAGUGGCCUCAGGAGGCUUUGGUGUCUGUCAGCAAGAGGUUCAUUGAUGACUUAGAGCAGCUUGAGAACGAUGUAAAACCUUCUGUGGCGGAGUUUAUGUCAUUUGUGCACACCAGUGUGAACGAAGAGAGUCAGUUGUAUUUGGCAAAUGAAAGGCGUUACAACUACACCACCCCAAAGAGCUUCUUGGAACAGAUCACUUUAUACCGGAAUCUUCUCAAAAAGAAGGCGUUGGAGUUGAAUCAACAAACUGAGCGUUUGGAGAAUGGUCUACUGAAGUUACAGAGCACUGCCUCUCAAGUAGAUGAUUUGAAAGCAAAGCUAGCCUCACAAGAAGUCGAACUCAAGCAGAAGAACGAAGAUGCAGACAAGCUCAUUGAAAAGGUGGGAGUUGAAACAGAGAAAGUGAGCAAAGAGAAGGCCAUCGCUGAUGAAGAAGAGAAGAAAGUUCAAGUCAUUGCAAAGGAUGUGUCUGAAAAACAGAAAUCGUGUGAAACGGACUUAGCCAAGGCAGAGCCUGCGCUGAAAGCUGCUCAGGAGGCUUUGAACACAUUGAACAAGAACAACUUGACCGAGUUGAAGUCGUUUGGAUCGCCCCCAACGGCUGUUGCUAACGUCACAGCAGCUGUCAUGGCUCUACUCUCUCCACCGAAUAAGAUUCCUAAAGACAAGAGCUGGAAGCAGUGUAAAAUCAUGAUGGCUAAGGUCGAUCAGUUUUUGGAUUCCCUGAUAAAUUACGACAAAGAGAACAUUCAUGAAAACAACUUAAAGGCCGUACAGCCAUAUCUUGACGAUCCAGAGUUUGAACCUGACUUCAUCCGUAGCAAGUCCAUCGCUGCUGCUGGUAUCUGUGCUUGGGCACUUAACAUCAUCAAGUUCUAUCACGUGUUUUGUGAUGUAGAACCUAAGAGACAGGCCUUAGCCGCUGCAAAUGCAGAACUUGCUGCUGCAGAGGAGAAACUGGCUAAGAUCAAAGCUAAGAUCCAUGAAUUGGAUGAAAACUUGGCUGAGCUGACGGCUUCAUUUGAGCGGGCCACUGCCGAGAAACUAAAGUGCCAGCAGGAAGCUGAACAGACGGCAAUGACAAUCGAACUGGCUAAUCGAUUAGUCGGCGGCCUGGCUUCGGAGAAUGUCCGUUGGGCCGAAUCAGUGGCGAACUUCAAAGAGCAGGAGAAGACCUUACCUGGUGAUGUGCUGCUUACUACAGCAUUCGUUUCAUACGUCGGCUGCUUCACACGGAAAUACCGAGACAACCUCAUGCAUGAGAAGUGGCUACCAUUUCUCAAAGGACAGUCGGUUCCAAUUAAGAUCACUGAAAACCUCGAUCCUCUUACCUUGUUGACUGACAACGCAACCAUCGCUCAGUGGAAUAACGAGAAUCUACCAAGCGACCGCAUGAGUACUGAGAACGCCACCAUCCUGACAAACUGCGAAAGAUGGCCGCUAAUGAUUGAUCCACAGCUACAAGGAGUGAAGUGGAUCAAAACAAGAGAAGGGGAGGAACUCAGAGUGGUCAGACUGGGACAGAAGGGGUAUCUGGAUUCCAUCGAGCGCGCUGUGUCCAACGGUGACUGUGUACUGAUUGAAAAUAUGGGUGAGAACAUGGACCCAGUGUUGGAUGCACUUGUUGGACGAAACACCAUCAAGAAAGGAAGAUACAUCAAGAUGGGUGACAAGGAAGUCGAGUAUCAUCCAGAUUUCCGUCUCAUCCUUCACACUAAACUAGCCAAUCCUCAUUACAAACCUGAGAUGCAGGCUCAGACCACUCUGAUUAACUUCACAGUCACACGUGAAGGCCUGGAGGACCAGCUGCUAGCCGAUGUUGUUCGCAAGGAGAGGCCUGAUCUCGAGGAAACGAAGGCCAACCUGACUCAACAAAUGAACCAAUUUACCAUAAAAAUCAAAGAACUGGAAGACUCCCUCCUGGCUCGUCUGUCUGCUGCUGGAGGAAACUUCCUUGGAGAUUACGCUCUGGUGGAGAACCUUGAGACAACCAAACGAACAGCAGCAGAAAUCGAAGUCAAAGUAGCAGAAGGAAAAAACACUGAGAUAAAAAUCAACGAAGCCCGUGAACAGUACAGACCAGCAGCUGCUCGAUCAUCACUUUUGUACUUCAUAUUGAAUGACCUGAAUAAGAUCAAUCCGAUCUACCAGUUUUCUCUUAAGGCAUUCAAUGUGGUGUUUCAAAAGGCCAUUGAUAAAGCUGAACCUGCAGAAGAAGUAAAAAUCAGAGUGAACAACUUGAUCGAUUGCAUCACAUUCUCCGUGUUCAUCUACACCACUCGGGGAUUGUUUGAAAAAGACAAACUGAUCUUCACAUCUCAAGUGGCAUUCCAGAUUCUACUGAUGAAAAAAGAGAUAGUUCCAAAUGAGCUAGAAUUCCUUCUUCGGUUCCCAGCGGUUAUGAAUGUUACGAGUCCAGUUGAUUUCCUCAACAAUCUGUGUUGGGGAGGAAUUAAGGCUCUGGGUAACAUGGAAGAAUUCCGUAACCUGGAUCGCGACAUUGAAGGCUCGGCUAAGAGAUGGAAGAAGUUUGUGGAGAGUGAAUGUCCGGAAAAGGAAAAAUUCCCUCAAGAAUGGAAAAACAAGACUUCCUUACAGAAGCUUUGCAUGAUGAGAGCUCUUAGGCCGGACAGAAUGACAUAUGCUGUCAGCGGCUUCGUGGAAGAAAAGAUGGGUGCGAAAUAUGUGGAGAAUCGUCAAGUGGAGUUCGCCAAGUCUUACGAAGAGAGCGGACCUGGGACCCCGAUCUUCUUCAUCUUAUCUCCUGGUGUCGAUCCUCUGAAGGAUGUGGAGGCACUGGGCAAGAAACUCGGCUUCACGUUUGACAACAAAAACUUCCAUAACGUGUCACUUGGGCAGGGUCAAGAAAUCGUCGCAGAGCAGAGUUUGGACCUGGCCGCCAAGGAAGGUCAUUGGGUUAUCCUUCAGAAUAUACAUCUUGUGAAGAAAUGGCUGCCAACUCUGGAGAAGAAGCUUGAGGCAUACAGUGAGGGAAGUCAUGAGAACUAUCGAGUGUACAUCUCGGCUGAGCCAGCUGGUUCGCCUGAUUCUCACAUCAUACCGCAAGGAAUUCUGGAAUCCUCCAUCAAAAUAACCAAUGAACCACCCACUGGAAUGAUGGCCAAUUUACAUCAGGCUUUAGACAACUUCAACCAGGACACACUGGAGAUGUGCGCCCGUGAGAAUGAAUUCAAGAGUAUUCUAUUCGCACUAUGUUAUUUCCAUGCAUGUGUGGCAGAGCGCCGUAAGUUUGGCCCACAAGGAUGGAACAGAUCAUAUCCCUUCAACACUGGAGACUUAACAAUCAGUGUAAACGUACUGUACAAUUACCUCGAGGCUAAUGCUAAGGUACCUUGGACCGAUCUACGUUAUCUAUUUGGUGAAAUUAUGUAUGGGGGUCACAUCACAGAUGACUGGGACAGGAGACUCUGUAGAACUUACUUGGAGGAGUACAUGAAACCAGAUAUGCUUGAGGGUGAGAUGAACCUUGCUCCGGGAUUUCCCAUCCCUCCUAACUCAGACUAUAAGACGUACCAUACCUACAUUGACGAGGUGUUACCUCCAGAGAGCCCCUACCUUUACGGUUUGCACCCUAAUGCUGAGAUUGGCUUCUUGACUCAAACUUCGGACAACUUGUUCCGUACCGUGUUGGAGAUGCAGCCUAGAGAUGCCGGUGCGGGAGGAGGUGGAGGACAGACUCGGGAAGAAAAGGUUAAACAAGUUUUGGAUGAAGUCUUGGAGAAGUUGCCAGACGAGUUUAACGUGCAGGAAAUGAUGGCUCGUGUAGAGGAUCGCACGCCUUACACUGUAGUUGCCUUCCAAGAAUGUGAGCGGAUGAAUAUCUUGACAAGCGAGAUCAAACGUUCGCUCAAAGAACUAGAUUUGGGUCUCAAAGGUGAGCUGACCAUUACCGCUGACAUGGAAGAACUUGGCAAUGCUCUGUUUCUGGACGACGUUCCUGAAUCCUGGACGCGCCGUGCUUAUCCAUCCAUGUCAGGCCUAGCUGCUUGGUUUGUGGACCUGCUGUUGCGAAUUAAAGAGCUAGAAAGCUGGACAUCUGACUUCUGUCUCCCAAAUGUUGUUUGGUUGUCCGGUUUCUUCAAUCCUCAGUCUUUCCUGACGGCUAUCGAGCAGUCCAUGGCGCGAAAGAACGAGUGGCCAUUGGACAAGAUGGCACUCCAGGUGGAUGUCACCAAGAAAAACAAGGAAGAUUUCAACAGUCCACCCAGAGAAGGGGCUUAUGUACACGGUCUGUUUAUGGAAGGCGCUCGAUGGGACACGCAAACUGGUAUGAUAGCAGAAUCAAGACUGAAAGAGCUAACGCCUGGUAUGCCUGUGAUGUUUAUCCGGGCCAUUCCAGUCGAUAAACAAGAAACUAAGAACGUGUAUGAGUGUCCUGUGUACAAGACCCGACAACGAGGCCCGACGUACGUGUGGAACUUUUUCUUGAAGACUAAGGAGUCUCCUGCUAAAUGGACACUAGCAGGGGUUGCUUUGUUGCUAAGCGCGUGAACAAGUGUGUUUAAUUCAAAUGACUUGAUGAUUUUAACUUUUGGUCUGUGUUUUUUUUCUGCUCACAUGAAAUGAUUUGUUUGUACCUGACACUAAGUUCGAUGUUAUGUGGAAGGUGUACUAACGAUACCAGCUUUCCUAUAAUGCUAUGGUUCUUUUCUGUUUAAGAUUUCCGUUUGUUUCUUAUUCAGUUUCUGUCUCUUUCUUCUUAUCACUGCACUAUGGCGAUAGAAAACUGUUCAAUCCUUUAGCAGAAGUAGAUAUUUCCACUUACACGACGCAAAAUUUGAAGCCAUUUUUUGCAAAAAAGUUUCUUAGUGAUCUUUAUUUAUAUUUUUUGUGGGUUUUUUUCUUAGCUCCUUCCUCAAAUAAGCUUACUUCACUUUUUUUCCUUUAAUUGAUUUGUUUCAGUAAAACUGUUAUAUCAAAGUAACUUAUUUUUGUAUUCAUGCAGAAUUCGUCAGAUGUUUCACAAAAUUGUGUGAAAGAAUUUUGACUAUUAAUUUCAAGGUCACUAUUGUUAACUAAAUUUGCUGUAUUCAGUGUUACAUUUGUCACCUUGAUUCUCGAGCCACUUUUAAAGAGUGAAACUAUUUACUUGAUAGAAUUGUUUG